CCAAUGAGUUUUGUUUAAAUUGGAAACAUGGGAAAAAAAGUUCCCAAAACCGUUGUUUAAUAUUUUAUUAAAUAAAAAAAAUGAAAUAUGGAAAAAACUCCCGUUUCGUUUCUCUGAUAUCUCACUGGCAAAGCCUCGACUCCGCUGCUUAAUCGUUGUAAUUCGUCGUAGUCGAGAGUCCAUGGGCAUUGGGCUGACUGUGCCUCUACGCUAAGAAAAUUUCCUUGGAAGAUAUUUGAUCAAAAUAUUGGUUUUCCUCAUAAACAACCUUUAAUGGAGCCUGACAGGUUAAAUUCUCCUAACACAUCUGCAAUCACAAUUGAAGUACUGGGCCAUCAACUGCAAUUUUCUCAGGAUCCGAACUCCAAGCAUCUAGGAACUACUGUAUGGGAUGCAUCAGUGGUGUUUGUCAAGUUCCUGGAAAAAAAUUGCAGAAAAGGAAGGUUUUGCUCAUCAAAACUGAAAGGAAAGCGUGCCAUAGAACUUGGAGCAGGUUGUGGAGUUGCUGGGUUUGGCAUGGCAUUGUUAGGAUGCAAUGUGGUUUCAACAGACCAAAAGGAAGUUUUGCCAUUGCUCAUGAGAAAUGUUGAACGUAAUACUUCAAGGAUCAUGCAGAUGAACCCUGAUUCAGAUUCAUUUGGUUGCAUCCAGGUUAGACAGUUGGACUGGGGGAAUGAGGAUCAUAUAAAGGCUGUUGAUCCACCGUUUGAUUUCAUCAUUGGCACUGAUGUUGUUUAUGCAGAGCAUCUCUUGGAACCACUAUUGCAGACAAUAUUUGCACUGUCUGGACCUAAAACCAAUAUUGUGUUGGGGUAUGAGAUUCGCUCCACAAGUGUCCAUGAACAAAUGAUUCAGAUGUGGAAAAAAUAUUUUGAUGUGAAAAAUGUUCCAAAAUCAAAGAUGGAUGGUAAAUACCAGCAUCCAAGUAUCCAACUUUUCAUUAUGGUAUUAAAGCCUUUAGCAGGGAGCAUUGGGAACAUGAAUGGAAGGUGUCUUGAGCAAAUUGAUGAGGCUGAAACAAGAGAAUUGGAACAUGAAGGAGAUGACAGCGUAGGGAGCAGUAAUGUUAACAAAUUAGAUGAUUGUGGCUGUGACAAAGUCGAGGAGGAUAGUAUGCUACUAACAAGACUACAAAAUGGGAAGCUUAGUGAAUGGGAUGCAAGAAGAUAUGCCUCCAUGGCUGCACGGCUUCUUCGAGAUGUCAAGAUAACCUAAAAUCAUCAGCGAAUGUUCAGGAAAUGGUGAUUUUCAGCAGGACUGCUAUUUUGCUAGGACGUAGCAUAUGGUGGUAGCAUGGGCAGCUUUCUGCAUAUCAUUGGUUGUACUGGAGAAGAACUGCAAGGGAGAAAGCCUCAUCAAGAAAAAUCAUGACAUUUUGUAUUUUGGGAAGCUCAUUUUUUUUUGGAUGCCGCAAUGGCUGCCACAAUCUACAAAUUUUCAGGUGUCAAAGCCUGCUUAUAGUGAUGAAAUAUGUAUAGGCUUUUUCUGGUUUAAUGAUAUGACCAGAGUGCAUAGAGAUUUAUCCAUAUGGAAAGGAAUAAUUUGAUAUCUAUUUUUUUUUUACUUAACUUAAUCAUUAAUUUUAUUUAGUUAAUAGUUGCAAAGUUUAUUUUGUAAAUUUAUCUUAUAGGGAUUUAGUGUUCUGUCUCUUGUUUCCUUGUACGAUUCAGUGUUUAAGCCUUGUAUGAAGGCUUCAUAUGUACUCUUUGAAGAGCUUUAUUGACAUUGAGAACUGAACCCUAUUUAGGCUUUUAUUUUUUUCUCUU